CACAACGUUUUCUCUCGUAUUUUACCUACAUUGUUUAAUAAAAUAUUACUCUAGUCCAAAAUGUUUCAAAACUUACAGCCGCAGUCGCAUCUCUCUCUGCCAGUGUAAAUCCAGGCAAACUAGAAUUAAGUACAAAUUACAUUUUCAUUUUUAUAUUGAAAUAUAAAAACGUAAAAUACGCGAUAAAACUAUUUGUAGUUUUGACGAAAAAUGUUCACUGCCGCCGUUCAGCAGUACUUUAGUUUUUGUAACAUUUUAGUAUUUUACCUAUUGGCACAUCUGCACUGAAUCCUUUUUUUGGUCUAUGAUUUUAAGGUGGUGAGUCGUGCAAAUAAAUUAUUUAUUCUUAAUAAUUAAUUAUAUUGAAAUUUUGAACUAUCAUUUAAAAUUAUAUAAAUUAGAUUACUGCUGAAUGGUUAGUAAGGUCCAUAUUUACAUUGUAUUCGAGUUGUCAAAUUCGUUGUGAGUUGAGUUGUUUACUUACACACAACGAUUUAUUCAUAAAUACUAGAUAGUACUAGAUUAACAGCUACCAACAGUCAUCAUGGCAAGAGAUGAAAUCCAUUUUAAGAAAUAUGCAACUGACUACGAUCCCAUCAUAAUCGGAUCUAUUGAUGGCACAGACACAGAGCCCCACGAUCGGGCGAUACUGCGUGCACUGCAUUCCGAAUAUAUCCCCAACAAGCUGGUGAAGGGAGACCCUGUCAAUACCCUAUUUAUAGGAAGGCUGAACCCUAGAACUACUGAAGAAACACUUAAAUCUGAAUUUGAUAAAUUUGGAAGGAUAAUUAAUUGCCGUGUUGUGAGAGACAUAGUCACGGGGAAGUCAAAGCAAUAUGCGUUCAUAGAGUUUGAAAACUUGGGAAGUGUGGACCGGGCCCUCAAGGAGAUGCAGAAGGAGUACAUCGACGGUGCAGAGGUGAUUGUGGAGCGUGAAGCAGAGCGCUGCCUGAGGGGCUGGCGGCCCCGGCGGCUUGGCGGGGGUUUCGGUGGCCGAAAGGAAUCCGGACAACUUCGAUUUGGUUGUCAAGAUCGACCAUUCCGAAAACCCAUAAUGGUUUGGCAAAAACGCGAGAAGGGGCCAUCCAGAUUAUGAUGAACUUCCUGAUAGAACACUAGAACGUUGAUUUAUUGAUUAGUCAUGGCAUUGGUAAAGUCCUCACUUUCCACUGUAGCUAUUUAAAAGUUUAUCGCUUUAUAAAAGUGGUACUUAAUAGAGCGAACUUCAUUAAAACACAAUUAAUUGUGCACUUGGACAUUGAAAAAUGUAUGUCGUUAUCUAAAUGGUCAUGAAUGUCAACUGUCGGUCACAAGUGUACAACAUGAGCAGCCGCGACAAACAAUGUGUUAUGUGUGCUGUAAGGAGCUGAAGGGCUGGUGCAACUCAUUCACGCGGGCUGAGGGACUCCUCUCUCUCCUAGAGGCUA